AUGUCAGGAUACCCCUCUGGUCCCUUUGGUCGUACGUUACCCACAAACAAUGAUUUAUUACCUGGGGAGGUCCCAAAAAAGCACGCAGCUAAUAGAUCAGAAUCUGGGGAAACCCCGUACCAGCUACCACCCCCGCGCGCACCAGCAAACUCGCAAUUCGGAACAGAUCCGUUUUUACGACAACGAGCUCAGAGUGAGAAUACAGAGCAGAGCAAAGACUCAAAACCUAUAGAGUCUGCCCCUCAAAAGCAACCGCAGAGGACCGAGCAGCUCCCCUCUGUACGACAUCUCUUGACUCCUGUUACUGGCCCGACCUCUCCUCCUUCCUACCAUCAAUCAUUCGGAACCACCACACCCGGUACCGACCACCGUGAAUAUACAUAUCCAUUUCGCCAGCUUGAUCCUACACAUGUCUCUCCGAUUAGCCCCAUUUUUUCUUCCGACAAAACCAAAGGACGGUCAGAAUCCUUCCCGCAACCGCAGACUGGUACCCUUCCUCCACUGUCACAAGUGGCUCUCCAUAGCCCCCGAGACGUAAAACAUGCAAUGACUCGAAGUGACCCGUCUUCAACAUCUUUCCAACAUAGCCAGUUACCCAAUCAUGGUGUGUCAUAUCACGAACAGCCUCUUAGCGUGGGAGACUUAUCAUCUCCAGAGAGUGCAGGUCGAACUAAGGGCCAAUCUGUGCUUCCGCAUGUUAUUGACGAACGAUACAUUGAGGGAGAAGGCAUAUGCUACGUCUACGCAAAUGGGGCACAUGUCCCCAAAUUAAUUGACGGAAUUCCAGUCAAUGCGAAUUGGGGAGUCACCAAGGCAGGGAAGCCAAGAAAACGUCUCGCACAAGCUUGCCUCACAUGCCGAGAAAAGAAGAUUAAAUGUCAUCCGAACCUACCCAAAUGUGAUCAGUGUCAGAAAUCUGGGCGUGAAUGCAGGUUUGAGAGUGCACCUCGCGGAAGUCGUUCGUCUCUGAGAGGAUCUCACUCAGCAGGGCCAUCGAGCAGAUAUGAUGCGAGUGAGAAUUUCUCCCCUGGUCCUCAAACCUCCGAAACUUCAACUUCGAUCUACAAUAUCCCUCGGGCCUCAAAUAGUGCCACUUCUCUUCCUGGUACCAGUGGCUAUUCGCCGCUGUCUGAGGGUCCACUCCAAACUCCAUCCGUAACCGAACCCACAUAUGAUCCCAUGUCAGAUGCAGAACGAGUAUACAGAUCUCGCGUGUACAAGUCUCCCCGCGCAUAUGGGGCUGGUGAUGAAGGUAUUACGAGGAUGAGUGAUUAUGCCAACGCAGGCCGAUCAGAAUAUUCAGAUAUUUUCGGAGAGGUUGGCGAUGUUAAUCCUGACGAUCCACUGGCAGCUUUCUGGGGUACAGAUCCAUACGAGAGUGACCCAGAAAUGACAGUCCACUACAUUGAGUCUUACAUGUCAUCUGUGAAUGGUGGACUGUAUCACAUUUUCCCACGCGGUCGAUUUGUCGCUUGGUUGAAGUCCUGCCGCACAAAGUCUGCCGAAGACAAGAUGUUAUUAUAUGCAAUGUUGGCCUUGGGGUCAAUAUUUUCAGAUCGACCUGACAGAAUCGGAGCAUUGAAACGCUAUGUUCAGGUUGCACGCUUUGCUAUUUUUAAAAGCCAGCAUGCGCUCUCUUUGCAACUUGCUCAGAGCCAUCUUAUAAUGAGUCUUUUGUACUAUGCCACGGGAUUUUUGGCUAGAUCAUGGGACUCAAUCGGGGCGGCUGGGCGAGCAGUUAGUGGCUUGCGUUAUAACGUGGAAUCUGGAGGCGUCAUAGUUGAUCAAAGUCAAAUUUGUGACUAUGGCUUGCAUCCACAUGCAUUAAUCGAAUGUCGACGACGAACAUACUGGGUUGCGUUUAUUUCAGACCGCGUCUCCAGCUUCUUCUCCGCAUCAUCGACUUUCAUCUCGUCAGAAUCAGCAUUAAUACGAUUGCCUUGCCACGAAGACAUCUAUGAAGCACAGCAAUACGCAACGGCGCCAUAUUUCCAGCCUGUCCUUAAUCAAUCACCUCUUGGGGAAGACAAUCGAUCUGCGCUCAGCCCGAUGGCCUUCUUGGUGCAGAUUAUGGCUAUUUGGGGGGAUGUUUCUCUCAAUGUAUUCCGCCUAGCACAUACUCCAUCAGAAGGCUACGCUCGACUCGCUGAAGAUUUCCAUUCAAUCAUAACACAUCGCACCGAAGAAUGGAUGAAAUGCCUUCCCGAGGAUUUGAAGAUGUCCGCAAUUAAUCUUGAACGAGCCGCUCAAGUAAAGCAGGUGGACACAUUGAUAUCAAUCCACAUUUUCUACCACGCAACCCUUAUGAAGCUCUAUAGACAUGCCCGACACUCAAGUCUGAGGCCCGACAUACUGGUACAAUAUAUCCACCGAGCCCGAUACCACGCAGUGGAAUCCUUGAGGGUUGCCUUGACGAUCAUUCCAUAUUUGAAUACAAUGCACUCCAGAUCAAACACCGACAUAUCUGGACCUAACACAGCAAUUAUCAGUCCCUUUAUAGGCUAUGUGGUUCUAUCUGCCGUGGAUGUACUCAGUGCCGCCGGCUUGGUAGCGGAGCUACCAGACUGUGUGCCUCUGAUUAGUGGUGCUCUUAGCGUUGUUCAACUUUUAGGACGUCACUGGGAGAGCUCCUUAAGUUUGGCAAGUUCUAUUCACAGGAGGCUGAGCCUCAUGAUCGAUUCUAUGAAAGACCGAGCUCGAAUCCAGGAUAAGGUGGGCUUUGUCGUCAAUGCCUCCUCUCUCGAAGCGAAAGCUCAUACGGAUGUACAUUCCUCUCAUCCUCGCAGUACUCUAGAUGAGGACCUAUUCUAUGGCUCGAUGCCAAAAGAGAUGCUGCUCAAUGCCAUGCGAGUCGAUGAAACAGCCAUCACCGAGCACAACAUAAUCUGGCUGAAGGAUGCUUGA